ACCAGUAUGGGACAGACCCAGGACAAAUUAGAAGCUGGAGAACAGACCCCUGUUGACGGAUUGGAGGACGCACACCCUGAAUGUGGAGAUUCAGACAGUGAUGCAGAUGAUGUCAUGAAGGCAGGAAGCGCCUGUGAAGAGGAGACUGGCAGCACAGCAGGGAAAAAAUCAGUGGAGCCAGACAUGGAAGAUUUGGAUGAGAGCCACAAGCGGCAGCCAAUAACAGCUUCCAGUGAGAAGCACGUCAAUUUGCGGGUGAGACAGGUUGCUGCAAGCGAGGUGAAACAAGGAGGGGUGGCAGCAAAUGAUCUGGAAGGAAAGGAAGGAGGGAAGGCUCCACCAGGCAAAAACCAAAACAGUAGCGUAACGACCGAGGAAACAGCUUGGACAUACAAACUGUUCAAUAAAGAUCAAAUCGAAGAGAAGAAGUGUGCAGAGGAGUUUGGAGUCUGCUCAAUGAGCAAAAUGGAGGACCAGGGUGAAGGUAACCAAAACAAACGUGAGUUGCAUGGCCACAUGACACCCUCCUCGUGGGAUUCAAACUCUUUAACUCAACAAACGGAAGCAAAUGAAGCUCACCGAGACACAGAGCCAUCAAAUGCAGCUGCAGGCACAGAACCUAAUUCUAUUUUGGAGAAGCUCCUGAGGAGAAACCGAAAGGAGGUGUGUCCAUCUCUAGAAAAAAUACGGGAGAUUGAAGCCGAUAAAUUGGAUACGGAGCUCGAUAUGACCCCGCCUGUCACUGCAGCAACAUCUAUCACCACUGAGGAAAAGAACACGCCAGAAUUUGUCAGCCAGAGCCUUUUAGCGUCUUCUUCAAUCAAAACAACACAGGGUGACUUUGAAGUGGAAGAGCCUGCUGACCGAGUCACCAAAAAAUCCAAUUUUUGCAAAAGCGGUACAGUGAAGAAAUCAAAGGCAAACAAGGCGAUCAUAUCAAAUAUAGGUGCCCCCAAGCCUUCACACGAAAGACGGUCAUGUGAGGUAAAGUGUGUGAACACUCCUCCACCCACUGCAAGUGAUGACCAACCAGCAAACUUUCAACAUGUUCGCCACAGAAUAGAUGUGGAUGCAAGCUCAAUUUCGGUGGCAACUAAGACAGAAGAAAACCGCCCAAGGCAGGAAACUGAAACACCAGAGCAGCCUGAUUACAAAUCUGUCAGUGAAGGUGAUUAUAGCAUUUUGAUGAGAGAAAAGUCCCCAGACACGGCCAGGUCAAGGCCUGUCUCUGAUCUCAUAAAGGAAAACAUACAGCUGCACGAGAAGCAUCUGCACCAGGAUUGGUCCAAGCCCAGCGCGGUCAAAUGCGACGAGCAAAGUCAGUCUGCAGUGAAGGUCUCGCGGAUGAAGGCCACGUUUGACUCGCCUCAGAAAUCCCCAGAGAAAGCCCUCGAGAGGAAGCCGUCUGUGAGAAAAGAUAUGAAAGGAGUAGUACGGAAGAGCAAAUUCCGUCACGUCUUUGGCCAGGCGGUGAAAAAUGAUCAGUGUUACGAUGAUAUCCGGGUCUCCAGGGUCACGUGGGACAGCGCAUUCUGUGCAGUUAACCCCAAGUUUAUUGCCAUAAUAAUUGAAGCCAGCGGUGGUGGAGCUUUCCUCGUUCUUCCUCUUCAUAAGACGGGACGCAUCGACAAAGCCUACCCAACGGUUUGCGGUCACACUGGUCCAGUGUUAGAUAUUGACUGGUGCCCACACAAUGAUCAGGUCAUCGCCAGCAGUUCCGAGGACUGCUCAGUGAUGGUGUGGCAAAUUCCUGAGAAUGGCCUUGUCACUCCCAUGUCGGAGCCAGCUGUGGAACUAAAGGGUCACUCCAAGCGAGUGGGCGUAAUCACAUGGCACCCUACAGCUCGCAAUGUUCUUCUCAGUGCAGGUUGUGACAACGUGAUCAUGAUCUGGAACGUGGGCACAGGCGAGGCCUUGAUCACCUUGGAAGACAUGCAUUCUGAUAUGAUUUACAGCGUUUGCUGGAACCGCGAUGGCAGUCUCAUCUGCACUGCCUGCAAGGACAAGUUUGUCCGUGUUAUUGACCCCCGCAAGGGAGAAAUUGUUGCUGAGAAAGAAAAGGCACAUGAUGGCGCUCGCCCCAUGAGGGCUAUUUUUCUGAAGGAUGGCAAAGUCCUCACCACUGGUUUCAACCGUAGGAGUGAGAGACAGAUCGCCCUCUGGGACACGCAAAACAUGGCAGAGUGCAUGAGUAUGAUUUGCAUGGAUGCCAGCAAUGGAGUGCUCUUGCCCUUCUAUGACCCCGACACCAACAUUGUUUACUUUUGCGGGAAGGGUGACAGCAGUAUCCGCUACUUUGAAGUAACAGACGAGGAUCCAUAUGUUCACUACCUUAGCACCUAUGUCACCAAGGAGUCUCAGAGGGGCAUGGGCUGCAUGCCAAAGCGUGGCCUUGAUGUCAACAAGUGUGAAAUUGCAAGGUACUAUAAACUGCUUGAAAGGAAGUGUGAGCCUAUUGUGAUGACUGUACCGAGAAAGUCUGACCUGUUUCAGGAUGACUUGUACCCUGACACAGCUGGGCCGGACUCAGCCCUGGAGGCUGAGGAGUGGUUUGAAGGCAGGAAUGGUGACCCUAUCUUAGUCUCCCUCAAAAAUGGCUAUGUUCAAGCCAAGAACCGGGAAUUCAAGGUUGUCAAAAAGAACCUUUUAGACGCCAAGGUGACCAAGAACACCGAAAACUCAACCCCGGCCUCCCAGAAUACACCACUCAAAUCCGAUGGCAAGCUGGAAGAGAUCUUGAAAGAAAUCAGAUCCCUCAAAGAGCUGGUCAGCAGUCAGGAGAAGCGACUGGUCACACUUGAAGAGCAAAUGUCCAAAAUUGCUAUUUAGGGACUCUUUGCCAGACCUGCGACAAUUCACCACAUUCCUUCCGUUGGCUGGGAGGAGGACGCUAACAGUCGCUUACGCCAGUGACAGUCUUCCCCGUCUGAGGCCUGCCAAAGUAAUCAUCCCUAGCAACAUUCCAGAUGAACUUUUCCUAGUCAGCCCCAAACCGUCUGCAUAACACAGUUGGAAUAAGAACAACUUUCGCAGGAAGUGUUCUUCCUUUUUUGGGGUAACAAAAGAACUGUUUCCCUUUCAUUCUGUGGCAGUGUCUUUUUAUUUUGUUGACGUGUAUAACAUGUCUUACACUAUCCUUUCCAUGUUGUAUUUUAUUUUAUUUUUUUUGACAAAAGGGCCAAAUAAUUUCCAAUAUGAGCAUUCACUUCUGUUCCCUUUUUUUACUGUUCUAUUGCCAUAUUCCAACAUUGUAAUUUGGGCAAAUUGGACAAUUUUCUUUCACGUUAUGUUCACUCAGUUGACUUUCUUGAUGAUUGAGGUUUCACAAAUCAGCAUCUACCUAUUUUCUGUGUUCUUACCUCCUUCCAUCAUUCUUACGCUCACGCACAUGCAUCCGUGUGCUUGCUGCGGUAAAGAAAAGUAAACUCGGUUGAUCUUUCUUUUAAAGUGAGCCCCUCAGAAAUGACCAAUUUUUCAAUAUGUAGAACUCUCCUUUGAAUCUGGGAGAUGUUCAGGCACAUUCCACUCACAACUACCGUCAGGUGUCAUAGGAUUAUUGGUUGCCUUCAAUAGAUUAUUUCCAACAAUCAAGAAAAACAGGUCAACACAAUUGGUGAUCAAAUUGGAAGGUUCCGACGGAAAACUGAUUAAGAUGGAUUUAAAACAAAAAAACGAUUGUGUGCCUCAUGUUUUUGGCCUUCUCAAUGUCUUGUCAGCUUGGACAUUCCUUCUUUGCUUAAUGGGGGUGGGUUAUUUGAAUAUGUCUGGUUUUUGCUCCACUGUUUCUUUUUAGCCUAUUUGUUGUUCCAGCAGUGCUUACGUCCCUCUUGGCGCUUCCACUUUUUUUUUUUUUUUUUUUUUUUUAUAAACAUUUUUUUUUGCGUUUUGUUUUUUCUCGUGUUUAUGCAAGACCACUUUUCUUCAUUUUUUUUUUAAUGGUUAAAAGUGUCUGACAUUCACUUUCAAUAUCUGUUGUCACUGUAAAGCCCUGCACGUGCCAUAUGGCACCAAUGUACAAGUGUGUGUAGAAGAGUAUUGCGUGGUUCAAGUCGUGUAGUAAAAUGAAGAUAUGAAACCACUUGAGUGUGCCAAAACAUGCAAGUUAAAACAGACUUUGUUCCUUUAGUAAAUGUUCUAAAAUCUGAAACAUCCUGUAGUAACAGCAAGCAGCAUUAAGGUGAGAAUUUCAGAAGCCAUUAAAAGCCAUUUAAGAAAAGAAAAUGUCAAACCAUGCCAAUAUUGAUGGAUAGAAUAUAGUGGGACAUGACAGAAUAUCUGUGGUGCUCUGCUUGUGCUGUUGGCACCUGAGCUAGCUAGGUUUAGCAAUGUAUUGUAAGACAACUAAUCCAAAGGGACACUAUAGGUUGGAAAAUGUGCAGUCGAAAGAUGUAUGUUUGUGUCAAGUCUAACAAACGAGUGAAAGUUGGGUAAAUGACCACUUUUUUUUAUUUUUAUUUUUUGUUCCCCCCUUUGUUUUUGUGGCUGUGCCGAAGAGGGAGUUUGUAGGGUUGGUGGGUUUUAAAUGUUUCUCCUCAUUUGUGUUUUCCGCACCUUGCCAUAAUGCAACAGCUGAAACCUCUGUUAUACUGGAGUGUGUCUGAAAAUCUAAGAAAAAUCAACUGAAAAUGAACCAGGUUGAAGCCUCAUGUGGAGGUGUGCGCAGCAUUUUUGUGUAUUUUUCUUGCUUCAAGUAUCAAACAUUGAUUACAAAAAUAAAGACUUUUUAAAAUGGG